GGGAGUCACCUGUCUGUUGCUUUAGACACAGGAGACAAAGAUGUGAUGCUGACAUGAGUGAAUGGCCCCUCAUAUAGCAGACAUGACAGCAGAGGAGCCCGUGGGCCCCUGGGUGUCCAGCCCUGUGGGGGAGCUCAAGUUAACGCCUGAACGCAGACUGGAGGAGGAGCUCAACGACUGCAACCGAGACGUGACGCAGUAUCGCACAGACCCACCAGACACCGAGGCAGAUCCACCAAUCACUGACAGUUUGUGCAGCGAGGAGCCGUUUUGCAGGAUCUGCCAUGAGGGCAGGGCCUCGGGGGAGCUGCUGUCCCCCUGCGAGUGCUCUGGCAGCCUGGCCAUGGUGCACCGGGCCUGCCUGGAGCACUGGCUCACCGCCUCCAACAGCAGCCACUGUGAACUCUGCCACCACCAGUUUGCACUGGAGCGCCUUCCCAAACCUCUCACUGAGUGGUUGUGUUCUCCGUCCAUGCAGCAGCAGAGGAGGACGCUGUGUGGCGACGCCGUGUGUUUCCUGUUCAUCACUCCUCUGGCCAGCCUGUCAGGGUGGCUGUGUGUUCAGGGGGCCAUGGACCUCCACUACACCAACGGCAUGGAGGCUCUGGGGCUCCUGGUCCUCACGCUGGCCCUCUUCACCAUAUACGUCUUCUGGACCGUGGUAUCUGUACGCUACCACAUGCACCUGUUCAGGACGUGGAAGAAAACGGACCAGAAAGUGAGACUGCAGAUUCCCUCUCCCCCAAACACCACUCCCAACCAACACACGCUGUCCAUAAACGCCUUCGGCAAAACCACCAACAAAGAGACGAUGGUGUAGACUUCAGUCUACGCUAACAAACACCUCAAACACAAGCAGAGAGGAGAGUCGAAGCCGAGGUUUGAGGACUUUUACACCAGUUUCUGUGACCUUUUACCAGGAACUAUUGCAUCAAAGGAGCAAAUCUCACAACCUUUGAGUCUCACAGCGUCAAAAACUAUCAUCUGGUGAAACUGUCUCCAAAUCUGAAGAACCUUUCAGGCAACUGUGGACAGGAUUUUUAUUUUUUUAUAGUCCACAGUGACAAUCAGUAUCAUCACCUCCUGAGGACAAUGAAGCGUUCUGGACUAAUCUGACGAUCCGGUUUAUUUUCCUCCUCUCGGAAUAAACUCAAGAUUAAUCUGCUGCAACUUUGCAGUUCUGCAACACAA